CCUCUUCACACAUACCAUACGGCAUACGGCAUAAAGCUCCGACUCUUCAACAUCAUCCUCAAUGGCAAAGCAAACUCAUGAUCUGUCUCUUCUCUCUCUUCUCGUUUUUCUUAAUCUCUUUGCCAUUUUCACAGUGAUUGAAGGAUCAUCAGUAAAGAAAAAGCUGUUUGUUUUUGGAGAUUCCUAUGUUGACACCGGCAAUUUCUUAAACUCGCCGGCGUUCAAACCUCCCUACGGCGACACUUUUCCCGGUGCACCGGCCGGCAGGUUCUGUGAUGGCCGUGUCCUCUCUGAUUAUAUAGCAGCUUCGUUGGUGAAGAUAGAAUCCCCAGUGGCAUAUGAACAAAGAAAGUCAGCAAACCAAUCAGUGAUAGAGAACGGGAUGAAUUUUGCUCAUGGAGGGACCGGUGUGUUUCAGACAAUGGUGGAUGGACCAAACGUGACCACCCAGAUUGACAAGUUCCAACAAUUACUUCAACAAAAUGUCUUCACCAAACAAGACCUUCAAUCUUCCAUUGCUCUCCUCAAUGCUGCUUCCAAUGAUUUUUCCACUUUCUUACUCAAAAAUGGAUCCACUUCGGACUUACCAGCCUUUGCUGAGUCACUUGUGAACCAAAUUUCUGUGGAUUUGGAAAGAAUUCACAGGCUGGGAGUGAACAAAAUAGCAGUGGGUUUAGUGGCACCUUUGGGAUGUUUGCCACUUUUAUCAGUGUCUUCUUCACAUCAGAAUUGCAGUGAUGAAGCAAACAAGCUGGCAAAUUACCACAACAAUCUGCUUCUUAAAAAAGUAAAAGACUUGAACAACAACAGUCAAUCAUCAUCAGGAGAUCCAGUAUUCAUAACCUUGGAUCUCUACAAUGCUUUCCUCAACACUAUCACUACAUUGCAGAAACAACAUGCUGAAAACCCAAGGAUGAUGAAUCCAUUAGAGCCAUGUUGUGUGGGUGUGAAUGGAGGAGAAUGUGGCAGUGUGGAUAAGAAAGGAGAGAAACAAUACAAAGUAUGUGAGAAAGCAGAGGAAUCAAUCUUUUGGGACAAUGUUCAUCCUUCUCAAAAUGGUUGGCUUGCUGUCUCCACAGCUUUGCAAUCUUCUUUCCAACAACAACUAUCUAUCUGACCAACCAAAGUUCAAUUAAUCAAAUUAAAACUACCAUAUGCUUGACUCGUAGAAAUUGGAUGCUUCUUGAAAGUUCAUACAGGACAUAGCACUUACGUAGUUAUAUUUCAGGGGAAAAAUUAGAGACAUUCAGACAUUAUGAGAUGCACUUAUUAUAUACUUCAAUAUAUAUAUAUAUAUAUAUAUAUGUAUGUAUCUAUGAUUAUAUUACUA